AUGGCUACCAUUCCACGAGUGCCAAUUGGCUCGUCUACGCUACCUCUUCUGGGCUUUGGGACGGCCGUAUUUCCGUUUGCUGCAUCAGAAACCAUGAAAGAAUCCAUUCUCCAUGCCAUCAAACUGGGCUACAGACACAUCGACGCCGCUUCUGUUUACAACUCGGAGCAGCCCCUGGGUGAAGCCAUUACCGAAGCUUUAGGCCUUGGCCUAAUCAAAUCAAGGGAAGAGCUAUUCGUCACCUCAAAGCUUUGGUGCUCCGAUGCCCAUCCUCACCUAGUCCUCCCUGCACUCAGCAAAACUCUCAAGAAUCUUGGGUUGGAAUACCUUGAUCUCUACCUCGUUCAUUUUCCGGUGAGCUUGAAGCCAGGGAGUUAUGUGGUUCCUUUCGAUAAAACGGAGCUGCUUCCCAUGGAUUUCAAGUCCGUCUGGGAAGCCAUGGAGGUAUGUCAUAGCCUCGGCCUCGCAAAAUUCAUAGGAGUAAGCAACUUCUCUUGCAAGAAGCUUCAGGACUUGCUCGCCACCGCUAAGAUUCCUCCGGCUGUCAAUCAGGUAAGUGCUCUUGAAUGGCUUAUACUUUGCGUCAGCAUCUUCAUCACUCUCAUAACCGUCGCAUAAAGGUUAUAACCAUUUCGGCUUCAUCGUGGGUGAAUGAACGUAAAGGUUAUAAUCAUUUCCGUAAGCCGCCGUCAUUGAACUAAAGAUGCCUUCCUUCGGGACGGCUUCUGUUGGUCAUCGAUAAUUGUGAAAAGACUGUCAAUUUUGGUCAAAGAUAAUCACCAUUUUUUUUCGGAUAAGAUCUAGAAUAUUUUUUUGGAGAAUUGUGUCAAAACCCAACAAUAGAAGAGAGGAAGGAUAUUGCUUUUAAAAAAUCUUUAAAAUACUUUAACUAUCAAAUGAAAAAGUUACCCCAUACUCCUACCUUUCUUUUUUUCUUUCUU